AUGUUCAAAGUUAUUAUCUUUGCUCUAGUUGUAGCACUUUCCAUUUCAUCGGUUGUCAACGCAGGCAAAGCUAUCGAUGUUGAUGCCGAUACAUCUGGCUCCAUCUCAUCAUCACAAUACAGUUGUUUAGCUCAACAAAAUCAAAAGAUUAUCAUCCAAGCUUGGUCUGGUGGUUAUGGUUUAAAUAACAAUUUGGCUUCUGCUUACAAGAGUGCCACUGCUGCUGGUUUAUCAGUCGAUAUUUAUGCCUUUUUAUGUAAUCAAUGUGGUGGCAAUAAUCCAGUAUCUGGUGCUAUCAAGUCAUUGGUAUCUUAUUGUCAAUCUAAUGGUGUCAGUUUUGGUACACUUUGGAUUGAUGUCGAACAAUGUCAAGGAUGUUGGGGAAGUGUUUCAGCCAACGCUCAAUUUGUUGUUCAAGCUGUUCAAGCUGCUGCUUCUUUGGGUGUUCGUGUCGGUGUUUACUCCUCACUCGGUGAAUGGAGUCAAACCGUCGGUACAUUGGAUCAAUUGUCAGCCUACCCACAAUGGUAUGCUCACUAUGACAACAACCCUUCUUUCAGCGACACCCAAUUCUACUCUUAUGGUGGUUGGUCAAACCCACAAAUGAAGCAAUACGCCGGUAACACCAACCAAUGUGGUGUCUCUGUUGAUUUGGAUUAUUUCGGUGCCUCUACUACUACCGGUACCACUGAUUCUACCUCUGCCACUACAUCUGGCUCAACCUCUGCUACCUCUGGUACCUCUGGAUCAACCUCUGGCACAUCUGCCUCUGGUUCAACCUCUGCUACCUCUGGUUCUACCACCAACUCUGGAUCGACCUCUGCCACUGGCUCUGGUUCAACCACCAACUCUGGCUCUACCUCUGCCACUGGAUCUGGUUCAACCACCAACUCUGGUUCAACCUCUGCCACCUCUGCCACCUCGGCCUCUGGCUCAACCUCGGCCUCUGGCUCAACCUCUGCCUCUGGCUCAACCUCAGCCUCUGGUUCAACCUCUGCCACCUCUGCCACCUCUUCCACCUCUGCCACUGGCUCUGGAUCUGGAUCUUCAAGCACCAACUCAACCUCAUCUGGUUCAGGCACAGGCUCAACUUCAUCUGGCGACUCUGGUUCCGGUCGUCCAUCCACCUCUGGUUCUGGAUCAGGUACCUCUGGAUCUGGCUCUGGAUCAGGUUCUGGUACCUCUGGUGACUCUGGUUCCGGUCGUCCAUCCACCACCUCUGGUUCUGGUUCAACCUCAUCUGGCUCAGGUUCAGGUUCAGGUUCAGGUUCUUCAUCCGGAGACUCUGGUUCUGGUCGUCCAUCCCAAGCACCAGGAUUCUAA